AUGGUAGCGUGUUCCACAGCUAACCACGACUUGGAUUACAUGCGACUUGUUAACUUGUUCAGCAUCUUUUACCAGAUCCGGGACGAUUACGCCAACUUGCCGAACGCUAAAGAGUAUACAGUCCACAAGGGAUACGCCGAAGACUUGACCGAGGGGAAGUUCUCCUUCCCGGUGAUACACGGGAUCAAUGCAGACCCUUCAGAUACUCGUAUUUUAAAUAUCCUCCAAAAGCGCCCAUCGUCUCCAACGCUGAAGACACACGCGGUUGCGUAUCUCAGCGACCACACCAAGUCUUUGGAAUACACCGCGAACACCAUUCGAGUUCUGGAAGCACAGAUCAGGGGAGAAAUUCGCCAGUUGGGAGGGAAUCACGUUUGGGAGGCGAUUAUAGAUGGAUUGCACAUAGACGUGUAG